AUGUAAUUGGUGGAAUAGUAUGGUCCGCAUAAAUGGACAUUUAUAGCUUCUAAAUUACCAGGAAGAAUAGGUAAAUAAUGCAGAGAAAGGUAUUUUAUCUUAUUUAUUAUCUUAGAUGGCAUAAUCAUUUAAAUCCAUUAAUUAAAAAGACACUUUGGGAUUAUUGUGAAGAAUGGCUUCUCUUUUUAUAUCAUAAAGCAAUUAGUAAUAAAUGGGCUGAAAUUGCAAAACAUUUAGAAGGAAGAACAGAUAAUUCUAUAAAGAAUCAUUGGAAUUCUGGAAUGAAAAAAAGAAUCCCAGAAUUCACAGAGAAAUUAUCAAGCAUUAAACAAUAGUUUCUUUUAAAAGGGUUGUAACUAUUAAUUUUAUGAAGGAAGACCUUCUUAUUUUGAUUAAUUUGACAUUGAGUUUGAAAAAAAAGCCUUAGAAAUUAUCUUUCUUAAUAAAACUUAUGUGAGUUUACUUACAGAUUCAGAAAAUGAAGAUGAAGAACCAAAAAAAUAAACAAUUUAAUUAAGUAGAGAAAGUACUGCUAUUAGAAUUUAAUAAUAUGUAAAAUAUAUUUAGUUAUUACUUUUAGAAUGAAAUGAGAAAUAGAACAAUAAUUAAACAUCCAAAAAGAAAUAGAAUGCAUAAAAAAUAUCUUCUAUUUAAAAAAUAAUAAAAAGAUAAUUUUAAUCCUAAUAAAGAAAACUUUUUAUAAUGGACACAUACUCCUUAAAAAUACGAAAAGUAUAAACUUAAUCUAAUUUAGUGAUGAUUAUAAUUAUACACCAGCUGCAUUCAAUAAAUAAAGAAGAAUGAGCCAUAGUAGUUUUAAAUAGAGCCAACAGCAAAGUUUUGUAAAUUAAAAUAUUUAUAAGUAAGUAGUAUAAUGAAUCCUACAUGGAAAGGGGAGAAUUAAAAUAAAAUUUAUUCCUUUGA